AUGGCUGCUCUCACAGGUAGUCCUGCAAGCAAUCAGCUGCCGGAAGAGCUUACUCAGUCUACGCAAGAGGCGUCAUCCACACCGCGGCGGAGAAUAAAUGACACUCUGGCUCCAAUUAUCAUGUUGGAGCAAAUAACUCGUAGAAAGCGAGCAAUCACGACCAUCUAUAUUGUUUUCAUCCCAGCUGUGCUGCUAACCACUGUCUUGACUCUCCUGGUGCUGACCAGCACCUCUGUGGAAGAAACCGGGAUCGCAACCAUUAAUUUGAAUUGGCAGAAACUUCCAGAGACGGAUCACCGUGUUAUACUUCACCAUGUUAACCUCUCCCAGAGCGUUAGCAACGGAAGUGAGACUGCAACAUUCACGGCCCCGUCAGCUAUGGAAACAGCAACUGAAAAAGUCGAAUGUAAUCGGUCUCUAGACAAUGACCUUUUCCCUUACAGGAUCUCUCUCGGUACUGAAAAGCUAUGCACUCAAAUUCAUCAAAAGCCCAAAGAAUACCGCCAGUUACCCGUCAACGUCUCGUACGUCCUACCAAAAUUAAUUCAAACUAAAUUUGAGGACACUGUUGGGCGCUUCCAGUCCAUGGGAAGAGCCUGCUUCCUCGCAGGGAGCAAUUGCACCUCUUAUGAUAAUUGGACUUGUGCUGGCCUUGACUGCCUUGCUGACGCCUUUGAUUAUUGCACGGUGGCCGUGGCCCUUCUAUCGCCGGGUCAAACAGACUAUAAUGUUAACCGCAAGCUUAGCUUGUCUGGGUGUUAG